AUGCCUCUCCCAAAGAACGAAUAUCUUAGCGACUCCUGGAAGGAUGGCAUCUUCGCAAACAAAGUCGUCUUCUGCACCGGAGGCGCCGGCACCAUCUGCAGUGCCCAAGUCCGGGCUCUAGUCCACCUCGGUGCAAACGCCUGCAUUAUCGGUCGCAACGUGGAAAAAACCGAGCGCGUCGCGCAAGAUAUUGCGACUGCGCGGCCCGGCGCCAAGGUUAUUGGAAUUGGGUCCGUGGACGUGCGCAAGCUGGACGCUUUGCAGCAGGCUGUGGAGCGCUGUGUGAAAGAACUUGGAGCUAUCGACUUUGUCAUUGCGGGCGCGGCGGGUAACUUCCUGGCUUCGAUUGAGCAGCUUUCGGCCAAUGCGUUCAAAUCGGUGAUGGACAUCGAUGUCAUUGGUUCUUAUAACACCCUCAAGGCGACAUUGCCGUACUUGAGAGAGUCGGGUGACAAGCAUAAGAUGGAUAAUAAGACUAUGCAACCAUCGCCCAUCGGCACCGGUGGUAGAAUUAUCUUCGUCAGCGCAACCAUUCACUACCGGGGUAUGCCUUUCCAAACGCACGUCUCGGUCGCCAAGGCUGGUAUCGAUGCCUUGUCGCACAGUGUUGCACUCGAGUACGGUCCUCGUGGCAUCACUUCCAACAUCAUUGCACCCGGUCCUAUUGCACAGACAGAGGGCUUCGAACGCCUCCUACCAUCCGAUGCCUUGGAGGCAUAUAUCAAGGGCCAGCCUCUCGGUCGCUUGGGCCACGUUCGGGACAUUGCAGAUGCCACCGUUUACCUUUUCUCUGAUACCGGUAGCUACGUCACCGGUCAAACACUUGUUGUGGAUGGCGCAAACUGGCGCAUGUCGGCGGGUGGUGCUUCCAGUGGCAAAUUGUCUUAUCCCGACUUUUUGCUCUCUGGAGACGAUGUGCCCGAUGUGACGGGCAAGAAGUCCAAGCUUUGA